AUGGUGACAAUAUUUGAAGAUUUAUCAAAUGAAUUAAUUUUAAAUAUAUUUGAGUAUUUUAAUGUCUAUCAACUUUAUAUAACAUUUGGACAACUAAAUAGUCGUUUCAGUUCAUUACUUAAUAAUGCUCGUCUUCAUUUUGAUCUUGAUCCUAUUCCAAUGAACGAAUAUGCAUCAUUUUCAUUAUUACUUCAACCUAUGAAUAUUCUAUCUUUUACUUCACGUAAUUUAGAAAAGACACGUUCGUGGCUUUUUUAUAAUAAUGAUGCUCUACAACAAUUUUCUAAGAUUCGUGCACUUACAUUAGUUAAUGUUACUUAUGGAAUAAUCAAUCGACUACAUGAACGUCUUCCUACUCUGAAGAAUACACUGAUUUACGUCAAUAUCUCUGGUUGGUAUCUUUUUAGAAAUAUUGUCUUCUAAACAAAAAUCCUAGUUGACACAUUUUUGAAAUCAG